AUGAAUGAACUGAAGCGCGAAUUGAGUGCCAGUUUUCUCGUCUACAUGGAUGAUAUCAUCGUCGGAAGUUCCACCGAAGCUGACCAUCUAGCCGACAUCGAAAACUUCUUCAAAACGAUCAUCCGCUUCGGCUUGAAGCUGCGAAUCGAGAAAUGUGUAUGGGGAGUAGCCGAAAUUAAAUACCUCGGUCUGCUAAUCAGCAAACAAGGAAGCAGGCCGGAUCCCAAAAACUUGGAAGCGGUUCGAAAAUUCGAGAAACCCACAACGUUGUCACAACUGCGCUCAUUCAUUGGGUGUGUGUCAUAUUUUCGGCGGUUUAUUCCAAAGUUCGCAGAAAUAAUGGCACCUCUCUACGAAUUGACCGCGGGAGGUCAAGAUCAGGUUCAAGAAAAGUGGGCCGAAGCACAAGAUAAAGCCUUCAAGGAAGUUGUGGAGCGAUUGCUCAAAGCACCAGUGCUGGCAGCACCGCGAUUUGGCUAUCCAUUCAUUAUCGAAACAGAUGCGAGUCACAUCGCUAUUGCGGCUGUUCUCCUUCAAAAAUCGCCAGAGGAUGCCAAAAUUCAUCCGAUAGUCUACGCAUCCAGGAAGCUAAAUCAGCAUGAGGCCAGAUACUCUUUUUGCCCUUGA